AAAGCCUCCAAAAGUAACAACGGCUCGCGUCCGUUUUCCGAGGAGGACCAGUGACACCUCUGCCGCAACGGAUCCUCCAUGUCGCACUUUCGUAUCACGUUCGAAAUUGGCGGCUGUCACAACCUGGACACCACGGUGAGCGCAAGAACGACUUGGCCCAGUACCGGUGCUUAUCGGGGUCGAGGUCGCCUGCCGCUCGAACCGGCUCGCCAACACCACUGGCAGUCAGCGGCAAAGGUCCACACACACACACGGCAGGUCCAUCGAGCGCACCCGCUUCGCGAGACACGGAUACGUUUCCUACUAGGUACUUGCUCCCCCGGGCGGGAGGGACACCCGCAUUCAUCGCUCCGAGACGACCCUCCCGCGGUCGUCCGUCCACGAGGUCCGCGUCCUCGAGGCCGGCCGGGCUCGAGCCGGAUCACCGCCCACACAUGGAGAAGAGUCGUCAACCGCCGCUCGGCGGCAGUGUGGAUUUCUCCGGAACACGCCCGAGAAGAAGGUCAGGGGUGGUCGAGAGGUUUAUUUUCGUCUACGUGGCUCGUCGUCAAGGCGGGGUAGGGGGGGACGUCGGAGGGGAGAAUGUUCGCAAUCGAGUUGUGGAUUCACGGCUAGGGGCGUUCUCGUCGAGAGGAGAAAGUCAAGGCCGGUGGCUCGCUUCAUGAUCGUAGCCUCAAGCCCCAUUGCAAGAUGGGCUGCCGUUGGCAUAGUGUUUACAACAAGGCAGAAACAACCAGAGAUGACGCUCAGAGUUCAAUCACUGCAAGAACAGAACGGGCAAAGCUUACUGCG